CGGAAAUGUUGGCAUCAAAGAUGCCUCCAACUCGGAGCUUACAUUAUGUUGCUUUACUGUCAUACUGCCUCAUGGUAUGCCCCGUAAGGCCUUCUGUAACCAGCCGCUGCAGCUACGAAGGCGAAAGGAGGGAGCAUCCCAGUAAUUGUAACUCCUACUACGAGUGCCUUGGGAGUACGAUGGUGGAACAGAGGUGCAAAAGUGGUCACUAUUAUCGUAAUGCGACUGCUCAAUGCGAAAUUGAUCAAGGACAGUGUAAGCCUGGCGAGUGUGAAGAGGGCUCCAUUGCUGCAGAUCCCAAUGAACCUACGAGCUACUUCCAGUGUCUUAAUGGAGAAGUUGUGAGCCAAAAGUGUCCUAGUGGAAGCUACUUCAAUUACAUGUGGGAAGUGUGCGUCGUUCUCAGAUAUGGUACGUUUGAUUUCCUAUUGGAGCGAUGCACAGAAGGUGACAUUCAACAAGAUUCCGACAAUUGUGCUGGAUAUUGGAGCUGUGUCAAUGGAGAACUAGUGAAUGAGCAAUGCCUCGACGGCUACUACUUUGAUGCCACACAAAAGAAGUGCUUGCUCGAUGUUAGGGGACAUUGUACUGUGGCUAGCCCAAGCGCUGAGACUUGCUUAGAGGACGAGGUUGACGAGGAUUCCGACGACUGUGCUGGAUACUGGAAAUGCAUUGAUCGAGAGUUCGUCAGCCUCAAAUGCGACGGAGGCAGCUACUUCGACCUCAGUUCCAAAAAAUGCAUCCGCAACGAAAGUGAGCUUCUCUGUCCAAUACAAUUUAGCAAGUAAAUACACUUACAGCUGAUAUCUGUAACAACCAAUUCACGAA